AUGGGUCCAGAGCCAGUUGAGGAACCAAACGGUGAGGCGACAACGGUUUCUAUCGCACGCUGUUGUUCCAGACAUUAUUUUCAUUUUGCGAGAAGCAUUAGAAAGCGGAUUGUUCUGUAUGCAGUAGCAGAAUAUAUCAAAGCAUGUGUGAUAUGGGGAUGGGAGGCCAGUUGUACCGCUUACAAGAGUGGUAAUGGAUAUGAUUGGCAAGAUAGUAGAUAUAACACAUUUUGCCUAGCCUUUUCUGGUUCUCUAGAUUCCAGUGCCUUUCAUCAAACAGAAACCAAAUUUGGUGCAUGCAAAAUGAAUGAGGGUAAUAAUUAUUUUGAGUCCAUGGAUACAAGAGAGGAGCUAGCACUUGUCUACAAAGAGGCUCUCACCAAAUUUUUACAGAUUUGGAAUGACCAUCUCAAAGCACAGGUUGAAGAGGCACUUGAAACGGGAAAAUCUGUUUUGUUUACUGGCCAUUCCGUUGGAGGUGGGAUUGCUACUCUGGCCACACUUGCCAUUUUGGAGGAACGGGGUAUGGACGCCCCUGUUUUCGCCAUCACAUUUGGUUUUCCUCUGAUUGGAGAUGAAGUUCUUGCCAGAGCAGAUCGUAGGCAGGGGUGGGCCAAUCAUUUCUUCAAUAUUGUUACAAAGGGUGAUGUUUUUGCCAGAACUCCCUUGGUUCCCUGCGAUUCCGUGUGUAGGUUUUUGGAAUUCUUCCUGCCUCACUGGCGGAAGUCUCUUGAACAGAUGAAUGAUGAUGAUAUGGACAUUUUUAUGGAGCCUGUAGAAUGGGGCUUUCCCCAGUAUCUAAGAACUAUCCUGUGUCAGGCUUUGGCAGAGUUUAACUUCAUCAGUAUUACCAAUAUGGAGGGUGCAAAGAAAUUGGAGUCUGCGUUCAACAUAAGCCCUUACAGACCAUUUGGAUAUUAUUUGUUCUGCUCAGAGAAGGGAGCUCUCUGUGUUGGAAACGAUGAGGCUGAGCUUGUGUUGCCCAUCCUCUAUAAUUCCUUGGCUAAUUUUGAAGAUGAGGCUUCUAUCUCAGAUCACAUUAACUAUGGUAGACUCUUCCAUGCCAACACCAACAUCGUCAAUUUGGAAGGGCUUCCGAUUCUUCCUUUAUCACAAGGUGCACCGUCUUCUGCACUGGAAAUCCGACAGGAUUUUUUUGAAUUUGGGAUUCAGUAA